CGGAACGGUAGGCGUGGAAAGAGGACCAGUUGCGGUGAAAGGGUGCCAGUCGACCUCGGCAGACCCCUUCUUGCACUAUCUCCUUCCACCCUUCCCAUAAAUAACUGGAUUUAUGAAUUGCGAAGAAGAAAGAGGUACGAGGAAACCGAAAUGCGCCCGCUGUCGAAACCAUGGCUUCAUCGCAUGGCUGAAAGGACACAAGAAAGACUGUCCUUUCUCGACGUGCAACUGCGCCAAAUGCGGCCUCAUAGCCGAACGUCAGCGUGUCAUGGCGAAACAAGUCGCCCUGAAAAGGCAGCAAGCGGCCGAAGAUAACCUCGCUUUGAACCUGAAUCAAGCGGUCACUGGAAAACGGUUCAGGUACCUUCCUCCAGGACCGAUAGUCUCGUCUUUACCUUUAACCUCAAAACAAGAAAUCCCCUCCGUGGAAAACGACAGGGAAAAGUCAGCUAAAAGACGCGCCAGUCUUGAACUCCUGAUGAAGCUUUGUCCCGACAGGAAAAGAUCUGUUUUAGAAUUAGUCUUCAGCAGAUGUGACGAACAGCUCAUGAGCGCCAUCGAACUCUGCUUGUCAUCAAUUAAAGAUCGCGACGAAGAAACGGAAGUGGAGAUGCACAACUCUGCUUUUCAACCUCCGGCAGCCCACCAGGCGUCGAGGGCGUUGCUUCCUCCACCACCGCCACACUAUUUCAACGCCUGCCUUCCUCAGUUUUCCGGAUGCCCUUAUUACACAACACCGAGUUUCGGCUUCAACUCAGUCCUCUUGCCUCCCCCUCACGACCUUCUGUGCGAUCAGUGCAACAAAAAAGAUUAAAUUUAGAAUAACCCAGGUUGAAAUAUUAAUCAUACUCACAUGCAAUGCCCAGUCAUAUUAAUUUUUAUAAAUAUAAAACAUAUUAGUCUCUUUAAAAUAAUCUAUAAGUUAAGUACAAAAUAAUUUAACAUACAAAAGCAUAAAGCGUAUGUCGUCAAGGAUUGAAUUCAAAAAUUCAAUUUUCGAUUAUGUUCAUGGACCUUCUAGCGUACGAGUAAUUUCAUUUGAUAUCAUAUGCGCCACAAUUAUCCAAAUGUGCAAUUAUAUCUAGUGCAAUUUGUUUGUAUUACUGUUUGAACUAA